AUGACAGACCAAAAAAUAGAAGAAAGAACUCCUCCCGAGUUCAAGUUCACCUUUGACGAGUCCGUCUCGGAAUGGAACAUUAACCACCGCGAAUGGCUCAAGAUCAACGAAAAGACGUGGGACUCGCUCGCCACGGGCGCCCUCGUCUUUGAUGCCCAGGACCGCAUCCUCCUCCUCCAGCGCGCCCCGAACGACAGCAUGCCCAACAGAUGGGAGAUUCCCGGCGGCGCGUGCGACGACGAGGACCCGACGGUGCUGUACGGCUGCGCCCGAGAACUCUGGGAAGAAGCGGGCCUCGAGCUCCGACACAUCAGCCGCGUUGUGCCCGACGGCUUCGGGGGCAAGCCCGGAGCCGUUUUCACCAACCGCACGGGCAGGCGCUUCUUUUGCAAGUUUUCGUUCAUUGUGGAUGUUGCAGAGUACAGCGAGGUCAAGCUGGACCCGAAUGAGCAUCAGGAUUUCGUGUGGGCGACGGAGGAGGAGGUGGAGAGGCAGGCUAUUGGGGAUAGGGAGAUUCCUUUGACGAAUUCUUUGAUGACAAACUUGAUAUCCAAGGCAUUUGACAUGAGAAAGGCCGAUAAGGAGGAUGGUGAAAAGGCUUAG